AUGGCUUCCAGCUCGUUUCGCGACUCGAUGAGCUCGCUGGGUUGGACGCGCAGGGACGCUGAUGUCCCGGUGCGUACCGGCGCUUCGACCCCGUUUCUCUCCAAGCUGCAGUCCUACAAUCCAUUUGGACGAGGUGGCUACGUCCAGCUCCCUACGCAUGAAGCUCCCGGGGCUCCGCUGCCGGCUCCCAGCAGAAGGGAAGAGGAGGAGAGUUUCUUUGCUUUGAGCAGAUGGGAUCGUAUGCUCAUCUUCGCAGGAUGUAACCUUGGGGCAGCAGUCUGCUUCAUGCUAUGCUUCUUCCUGUUUCCCGUCCUGUCGCUGAAGCCGCGCAAAUUCGCCAUUCUUUGGUCAGUCGGUUCACUCCUGUUUCUCGUAUCCUGGGCGGUCCUCAUGGGACCCUUCACCUACGCCCGACAUCUGGUCUCGGGAGCCCGGCUUCCGUUUACUGCCGCUUAUUUUGGAUCGAUUGCGUUGACGCUGUAUUUUGCGGUUGGACUCCACUCGACCCUCCUCACUCUCAUCUCGUCCAUUUUCCAGCUCGCCGCACUCAUCUGGUAUCUCGUCAGCUACUUCCCUAUGGGCAGUAGCGGCCUGCAGUUCGUCGGGCGUUUUGGCGCCCAGAGAGUCGCGACGUGGGUGACGGGCUGA